UUGGGAACAGAUGCCGGAUGAAAUGAGUGAGAAAGUCGCUGACAUUUUAAGCGCCAAAGAAUGUGAAAAAGUUGUUAGAAAUGCGCUGAAAUUAAGCCCAGAAGAGAGUACAAAAAUUGUCAACUAUGCACUUGAGAAGGGAUCGAACGAGCUCGUGGGUUUUAUGGGUGAAUAUUUCAAGUUGCGAGUGCAAAUAGCAGACGAGCAAUCACCACAAGGUAUACGAGAGCUUUGUUGUUUUGUAAAAUCGGUGCCCGUUUCAAAUGAAUUGCAACGUGCUGAGUGUGAGCGCAAGAAUUUUUUUCGCAAAGAGAUCUGUGCCUACACAGCGAUCUUGCCGAACAUACAAAAGUAUGCCACCACAAAACUGUCUGCUGAAUGCUACUAUACGAGGGGUGAUUUGUUGGUGCUUGAGGAUCUCUUCGCUGCCCAUCUAGGCUAUCGGCAUCUGGCCAGCGAUGAGCCAUAUACGAACAGGCAUAUCAAGCUAUUUCUCACGCACUUGGCACAGCUGCAUGCCGGCAGCAUUGCAUGGGAGGAAAAGGAAGGCGUCAAUAUUGGCAAGCAAUUCGGGGAUUCUCUAUUUGARCUGRUGUUAAUUGCAGAAAAUGAGUGGUACGUCACCGGCGCAAAGGGAAUAAUUUUCCUUGCGAAAAAUUACGGAAAAUUUCAAACACCAGAGAAACAAUCCCUCAUCAAUGACAAGCUUUUUGCGCUGCUUAUGGACAUGCAAAAGUAUACGGAACCCUCAAUCACUUCUCGUAAUGUUUACUUACAUCGUGACUCAUGGGAUCGCAACAUAUUUUUCAAGUUCAACACAAAGCAUGAACCAACUGCUUGCUGUAUUGUCGACUUUCAACAAAGCCGAUAUGCACAGCCUGGCUUAGACCUACUAUUCUUUUUGUAUGGCCAAACCACAGCGAGCGAAAGAAAGCUGCAUAUGAAUGAGUACAUCGAGCAUUAUUUUUCCGCGUUGCAAGCGCGCUUCACAGAGUUGGAUUUGCCGGCUGAUAUUAUUACUAAGGCAGAGCUGCUGGAAGAUAUACGUCGUGCUCAUUUGCCCGYACUCGUUAAUAUGGCCAUUACUAAGCCGCUGACAAUGAUGCCAGACGGUUUGUCUAAUAAGUGGCGUGCAGAAGAGCAAGAAAAGUUCGACUACUAUAUGAAUACGAAACGUGAUGAGUUUUUUCGACGUAUCAUGGAAAUGGAUCCCACCUACCAGUCGAAGAUUAUGUGGCCCAUUGAAGAACUCAUCGAACAUUUAAUACAAAAUCCAGAUUUGUGUCAAUAAUUUUUUAAUUUUUAUUAAAUUUAUGAUAUUACAUAUAUUCUU